CACAUGCGGUGCACGUCGUAUUGUGUGGCUGAAUGUUAUGCUUGCCAGACGAAUAUCAAAGCUUGUUCGCAUGGAAAAUACAUUCUCGCUGCUAGUGUGACUUGUUCGUUUCUUAGCUGAGAUAGUAAAUUAGCUGUGUCGCAGUGCCUUGGUUGAAAAGAAAGGGUUCAACAAGUGACAGUUAUCGCCCGACUUGCUUGAAGUUUUUUUCCCAUCGUUUAACAACAAUGAGAGGUCGACCAAGGAAAAUACAAAAAAAGAAAGCGACUAUGACAUCAAGACAAAAACGGAACCCUUGCCCUAUUUCCCCCCAGGCCGCAGAAGAAGCGAGUCCUGUGUCAGGCAGUGAUGUCUACACCGACAGUCAGUCCACUUUAUGUUCUUUACAAAGCACCCCAAAAAGAUGCACGAGAGGGCCAAGAAAAACACAAGAAGCAUUCCACACCGACAGUCUGGCCACUGUGUGUUCCUUCGGAUGCACCCCCAAAAAAUGCAGGGGACGGCCAAGAAAAACACCGGAAGCCUUCCGUACAUCCACACCUUUGCGUCGCUUGUCCACCGAACGACUGCCCAACAUUUGUGACACGCACUCUGAAGAAGAGGAUGGGAAGGAUCAGAAAUCAGAGGUUGAGUCACCAUGCGACACGCCAAGGUCUCAGAACAAGAAGCGGAGCAUCGAGGCUGCCCGACCCAGACGACUUAGAAAUAAACUACCAGUGACGGAAACCACUUCUUCUCCAGCUAAACGCCGCUGUUUUAAGAACCUGAAAAAUAGGGCUAUCUCUCCUUCAUCAUCUGAACCCUCACGACCAAGAUUCGAACUAAAGGAAGAUGAGUCUUUGCUGUUAUCAGAUCUGUCAACUGAGUUAAGUGACCACACAGAACAGAUGCCUCUUCUUUCUUUCCCGGAGGAUGAGGAGAGUGUUGAUGAAGAGGAGCUGCCAAGCUUCUUGAUGCAGACGAGACCACUGUCUAUCACAGAGGGAGUUUUUGUGUGGUGCAAAUUUAGACGCUUUCCGACAUGGCCGGCGUUGGUCAAGCAAGUAAAUCGUAAGGCAAAAAAGGCCAGCAUUAUUUUCAUUGAUGAUCAGAUAAGUCGACAAAAACGGGGGGUUAUUGUGGCUCUGAAAUCCCUGAAGCCGUUUGACUGUGAAGGAGCUAAUGAGCUGGCGGCUGAAGCCAAAGAAGAAUGGGCCACUACGAUGAAGUGGUCCCUGGAGCUGAUAACCGACUAUCGAAUACGCAUAGCUUGUGGCUCAUUUUGUGGUUCCUUCCUCGAGUACUUUGAUCAUGGCAUUAGUAAUCCAGUGAGGAGCAAGUACCCGCUGGGCUCCUCGAAGCAACUCGCCAUCGCUGGUGAUUCGCUGAUGGAGGAAGAGGGUCAGUGGGAGAAUCCCAAAGAAGAUUGUGAAGAGCAGCAGGAGGAGGUCAACAAGUGUGCCAAACGGCUGCUGCCAGACCGGACCCAAGCUGCACAUAACCGUGCCAACGAAAAGCUUGUGCACUUUAUAAUCAAACAGCGCAUGGUGGAAGGACGCCUGCUGGCUGUGAUCCGAGGUCAGGUGCAAUCGAGGUGGCUCCACUACUUCCAGAGAUCUGACAAGAGAUUUUUUGGAGUGGAGACUUACCUGGAAGAUAACACGCAGUUAGACAAAAUGUACUGUUAUCUCACCGAGCUCUACGAAACUGCUGUGCCCAUGCUGCCAGGCAAGCCUGCGGCUCAAUACAUGGAGCGCAUCCCAUUUGUUUUGGAUGUGCUCCUUCCCGAGGCUAUCACAUACGCCAUUGCUGGGAUGAACAAUAUCUCUAUAAAGAAGGCAGAAGAAAAAUACCUGAAAGGACGUUGUUUAAGUAACAGGGAAAUACAAGACUAUGAGUUGAUGAUUGAGCGGCUCUGUAUGAGAAAAUCCUAGCAGCUGAACACAAUGCUUUGUUUCAAUUCCAACAGAUGUCUGAGUGGAUGUAAUCAAAUUGAAUCAACAUUCCUAUAGACUAUCUUAAAUCUGUUUUACUAAUCCUUCUGAAGGCAGUCUUAAAAUGGUCCGGCAUGAGGAACCUCUCACUGCAAGUGUAAAAUUUGUCACAGCUAACAGGCACAGCCAAAGCCUAUAACCUAUCAUGCACUAUGCUCAUCCUCAUGAACAAUACUGAAAUAUUCAAUACUUAAUAAUUUUGUUUGUACAGUUGACUUAAUCAUUGCUUUGUUUUACAUUUACACCUAACGUCUCCAGGACUGCUCAAUAAAAGCGUGACAUUUACCCUGAA